AUGUCUAGUCUGGAUUUCUGUACGAUAUAUACGCCAACAGGACAGAUCAGCCAGUUGUCGUAUGCACAGAAGGCUGCAGAUGCGGGAGAUACAUGCAUUGGGAUAAAGAAUAGCAACGGGAUUGUGCUUGUUGUGGAAAAGCCAAAGACAUCUGCUUUGUAUGUGCUAGAGUCUGACGAAAGAAUAAAUAAAGUGAGUGAUUCUGUUGCGAUUGUGUGCAGCGGGGUGAUGUCUGAUGCGUUCUAUGUUCCUCAGGCCAUAAAGGGGGAUGUUUUCAGGCAUAAGGAUGAUGUUGGAGAGGUGCCAUCUGCAGGAUUUAUGAAGAUGUAUCUCAAUCAGUUGUUCCACUACUUUACAAGGAGCAUUAAUCUGCGUGUUCUUGGUGUGAAUGCACUAUGCAGUGUGUACAAGGAGGGGCGAUUCUCACUUUUGCAUACUGACUGCACGGGAAGGACAGUUUCGUACAAGGCAUCGUGCAUAGGAAGGGGAGCAAGACGAGUCAAGACUGAGCUUGAAAAGCUCGAUAUUGACGGAAUGAGCAUUGAGCAGAUGGUGGAGACAGCGAUUAAGAUGCUUUACAUUGCACACGACCCGUCGAAAGAUAAGGCAUUUGACAUUGAGGUCGGAGUGGUAUCUUUGCAAACAGAAGGAAGACUGAAGAAACUUGAAAAGCAAGACAUUCAGCAUCUUGUCGAUAAGUACAAAGACAUUUCGGCUGAUGAAUAUUAG